AUGGAGUCGGACGGGGGCGGGGGAGGCGAUGGAGUCGGACGGGGGGCGGGGGAGGCGAUGGAGUCGGCCGGGGGCGGGGGAGUCAGUUGGGAUGCAGAGCCCUCGAGGCCGAGGUGUGACUGGGGUCCCCGGCUCUCCCUAGAGCCUCCGGAGGCCGCAUCGCCGCCAGUGGCCCUGAUGAACGGGGUCAGGGCCCAGCUGCACAUGGCCCUGGAGAGGAACUCGUGGCUGCAGAAGCGCAUUGAGGACCUGGAGGAGGAGAGGGACUUCUUGCGGUGGUGUCAGCUGGACAAGUUCAUCUCCUCUGCCCGUAUGGAUGCAGAGGACCACUGCCGAGUGAAGCCUGGGCCCCGGCGGGUUGAGGGUGACGGCCGAGGUGGGGCCGGGGGUGAGGCCUCGGACCCUGAGUCUGCCGCCUCCUCGCUCAGUGGAGCAUCUGAAGAAGGCGGUAACGUGGAGAGGAAGAGGCAGAAGCAGAAGGGAGGUGCUGGCCGGAGGCGCUUCGGGAGGCCUAAGGCCCGGGAGAGGCAGCGGGUGAAGGACGCGGAUGGAGUCCUCUGCCGUUAUAAGAAGAUCCUGGGCACCUUCCAGAAGCUGAAGAGCAUGUCUCGGGCCUUUGAGCACCACCGCGUGGACCGCAACACGGUGGCGCUGACCACGCCCAUCGCCGAGCUGCUCAUCGUGGCCCCCGAGAAACUGGCGGAGGUGGGAGAGUUCGACCCCUCCAAGGAGCGUCUGCUCGAGUACUCGCGCCGCUGCUUCCUGGCCCUGGACGACGAGACCCUCAAGAAGGUGCAGGCCCUCAAGAAGAGCAAGCUGCUGCUUCCCAUCACCUACCGCUUCAAGCGGUGAUCCUGCCCCACCUGGCCGGGACACCCCCGCCGGCCCCCACCCCGCCCCCUCCGGUACCCGGGCGAGCGUGUGCAUGAGUGCUGUGCCCCUCUCGAGGGCCUCGCGGGUGGGCGGCGUGUGCCUCUCCUCCUGCAGACCCCCACUCCCGCCCCAGGUCCCUUGUAUAUAGAUCUGCCUCCCUUGCCUCCCACAUUCCCAGCAUCCUCCCCUUCCUCCGCAUUCCCUGGGGUGGGGGGGAUCUCACUUAGCCAGGCUCCCACGAACUACUGCCCAGGGGCCGGUUUCUGUCCCUUCUUGAACACUGGCACCCCUUCCACUUGAGCUGCACCGUGCUGCUCUCACUGGGUUCUUCCUCCUGGGAAAACUGCGGGACUCCGCCGGGCCGGGGCUCUCUCCACACCCCGUCUCUGCCCCAGCCCCGAGGAGAGGCCGGCCCGCCCAGCCUGCCGUGCCCGCAGCUCCCCACCCGCAUUCCAGGACCAACCCCGACUCCACGUGAAACAGAAUUAUUCAGAGAAUUUAAAUUAAAAAGAAACGAUAAAAUUUGGAAUAAACUAGGCCCCCGCCUCUUCGCGGGAGGGGGUGGCCGUUGC